UUAUCUGCAUGAAUAUGAACUGUACCCUUAUCUUUAAAAAAAGCAUUGUAAACUAUUUGAUACGAGUGAAAAAUUUCCGUUCCAAUUUUAAUCUGAGCCAUUAACCGAGAGUUUGUUUACACCAUCUGAGUCUGACGGUUGCACAUUGCGACACAUUCCCUAUGGUUUUAGAGGCAGAGUUUUUGUUUAAAAAUUUCUUUGGAUCUUUGUGUUAUCUUAGCUUCAGACACAUAAGGCAUUUAAUUACUUGAUAAUUUUUAUUACAAGGCCAGAUUUUCAGGGCCCAUGUGGCCAAUCAUCGUCGAUUUGGAGGGAUAUAAAAGCGCAUCGGUAAGACAAGCAAAUCAUCAGCUACAUCACGUCGCUUCUCCUGUUCUCAUCAGAAUUCCAAAAUGUAUUCGCCAUCAACAUGUGGAUUUUUAGUCUUGAUCGUUUUCGGAUGCGUGCUACCAACAAUCUUGGCCGCUCCGUCGAAUGUUGCAUUUGGUCACGAAGGAAAUGAACUGGCUGUUAACGAUAGAAACGAUUCGACCGAUGUUGAUGAAAACCCUUUAACCGUAGCCAUGUUAGUUGCGAGAUAUGGAUGCCCAGUUGCCAAGGCUGCUGCUGUAGCGUGUAAGUUGUUACGCGACGGUGAAACCAACGAUGAAGUUCUGUUGGAGAGAUCUGGAGACGAAGACAUGGAUCAAAUUGACAUGAAUAAAGUCCGUGAAAUAGUUCAGAAAUACGGUUGUCCGGUAAUGAAAGCCUUCGCGUUUGCUUGCAAGCUGGUCCCCGGUAAAUAACUGGCUAGGAUUUCAAAAUGGGUACACUAUUGAUCGAUAAUUGUUUGCUUUCUGGUGGAGAGACAAUAAAAAAGGAAAUUUACACAUCAA